GCCCGCGCCAGCAUAAUGUGCGACUCUGCCACAUUUACGAUGACUUUGCGAAGAUAUAAGAAUACCCUGAAGAUUGAAUAGCGGGAAAGCACGGCGCGCUCUAAUUUUGGCGAAGCUGUUCUCGAACAAUACUAGGUCUCCUGCCGCGUAACCCCUUGCCUGCGCUGGCAACGCGAAGCUCGACACGAGAAGAGGCAAUUUGCGCGACACCAUGACGCUCAAAGACCUGUUGAAGAAGAAGGACAAAAUCAGGGAUGAUGGUGCAAGCCCUGCAUCCCCGACAGGGGCUACCCUUUCUCCCAAUGUCCCAGAGUUCCAGUUCGUUCGCACCACGACGUCGACGCAAGAGACGAUCGAGCCCCCCAGCUUUCCCGGCGACCCCCAGCGCGAUUCUCCUCUCUUGUCACCUGAACCGCGAGGCAAAUUUCCCAGAUUCAGAAGUCGUAGCAAUGCCUCGUCACAGGGCUCCACGUCGGGAGGGGAGUGGCAUCGGUUCCAGCUUGGGCGAAGCAAGUCGAACGCAUCGGCAAACGUACCGGACAAUCUUCCUGAAGUAGGCGGAGAUGGAGUAGCACGAACGGAGGAGGAAGAGGCCAAGUGGGAAAAGAGGGCUACGGUGCUGGUUACAUCAGGGCUGCAACAUGGCUCCCAGCCCAGUACACCAAGCCAUGUGCCCAAGAGUCCAAUGUCACAAGGUCGACCGACGACCCCAAGGCGUCGCAGUACAACCAUUGGCGCUCCAGCGGACGAGGAGACCAUACAGGAGGCUAUUCGACAACACGAGCACGGAGAUCUUGAAGCAUCAACGUCCCUGUUUGGAAAACUUGCUGAUCCCAACGGCGCAAACAAUGCUCUCGCUCAAGUUCUCUACGGCCUCGCCCUGCGCCAUGGUUGGGGUUGUGAAUCCAACCAGGAGCAAGCGGUUCAAUACUUGUCCAUGGCAGCAUCGAACAGUGCUGAAGUUGAGAAACUAGCACUUGGUGCUGGCAUGAAGAAAGGAGGUGCAGCCAAAGGCGAACUUGUGCUGGCCAUGUAUGAGUUGGCCAACUGCUUUCGCAAUGGCUGGGGUAUCAAGAAAGAUCCUAGAGCAGCGAAGCAAUAUUACGAAACAGCUGCAAACCUGGGCGACACGGAUGCGAUGAAUGAGGUAGCCUGGUGCUACAUCGAGGGCUUUGGUACGAAGAAAGACAAGUUCAAAGCGGCUCAAUUCCUGCGCCUCGCGGAAUCCAAGGGUAACAAAACAUUAGGCAACACAUGGAUCUGGAAAGAUAAAUACAAUCCCAAAUAAAGGGCGUUAUAUUGGCGGCGGACCGGGUAUGAUUAUUGUUGUUGCCCACACCCACCCACAACUUCCGUCGGCCCGACUAAGAGGAUUCCUUACCCUCCCUCUCCAUUUGCGGAAAGUCAUGAGAUGAUGUCUUGUGAGUAAGAGUGUGAGAGAAAGAGAGUGGGAGGAGAGAGAGAGAGAGAGAUGGGCGCGCCUCGCGUCGUCUUUCCCGUGGGGAAGCGAAGAUCUUCUGCUAUUUUGUUUUGUUUUGCUUUUUUCUUACUAUGCUCUCGAAUAAUUCCGAUAAUUUCUUUUAUUGAAUUUCUGAGUCUUGUCCUAUCAAACGUUUUUGUCUUUUUUUUUUGCUUUCUACUCGCCCUUGCGUUCCGGGAUGUUAAAUACCGAUGAUGUGCACCUAGU